UUUUUUUUUCUGUCACAGGGCUACAUCACCGUCUUUGUUUCGUUGAGAAACUGGCCUCAGAAACCUCAACAGUGUUUUCAGCUACCGCGGCAUUAACUCUUACUCUGGCGGUCAACGACUAGCACGCGGAGAUAAUUGGUUCGGAUAGUAACAACGUAGUGCGUAUGUAGCUGAUAGCACCAAUUCUAGGUUCAAGCAAGUGAGAGUUAUGGAGGAGAUUUCAAGUUCAGGGUACAAGGAAUAUGUUGCUGGCUGUCUCGCUGGUGUUGCCGCUGUAGCCUCUGGCCACCCCUUUGACACCGUCAAGGUGAUGCUGCAAAAGCACAAUGCAGAAGCACAUAUGAUUCAGUACAGAAAUGGAUUACAUUGCACUGCUAGGAUAUUAAAGACAGAAGGAAUCAAAGGACUUUAUAGAGGAGCAACAUCAUCUUUUGUUGGGAUGGCAGUAGAAGGAUCACUAUUUUUUGGUAUUUAUUCCCAGACAAAAAUGUACCUUCAGGGGGGAGUUCAAAGUGGGGAACCACGGCCGCAAGUAAUAAUACCGUCUGCAGCUUAUAGUGGUGCCAUCAUCAGUUUUGUGUUAGGUCCAACAGAGCUGAUAAAGUGUAGGAUGCAGAUACAAGGCACCGACUCUUUGGUUCCCAAGUCCAGUAGAUACAGUAGUCCCCUUGAUUGUGCUCUUAAAACAGUAGAAACUGAAGGGGUGAAAGGAAUUUUUCGUGGAGGUUGUACAACAUUGCUUAGAGAAUCUAUAGGGAAUGCUGUCUUUAUGAGUGUUUACGAAUAUGUGCGUCAUCAAAUGCAUUCAAAUAUCAAAGUUUCUUCAUCCAAUUACAGCAACCUGGUUGAUAUUGGAAUCGGGAUUGCUGCUGGUGGUCUUGGUGGUGUUGGUUUUUGGUUGACGGUUUUGCCUCUUGACGUGGCAAAGACUUUAAUUCAGACAAACCCUGACAAAAACUGUCCAAGAAAUCCUUUUCGGGUCUUGAGUUCAGUCUACCAAAGGGCUGGAUUGAAGGGGUGCUAUGCAGGUUUAGGUCCUACUAUAAGUCGAGCAUUUCCUGCUAAUGCUGCAACAAUUGUCGCGUGGGAGUUAGCAUUGAAAAUGCUAAGCAUAAGGCGUGACUAAGUCUACCAAAUUGCUGAUCAUACGGCAAAGCUCAGGACAUCAUUCAGCAUUGCAUUUGAAGCUGCUUAUUUAAUUCUUUUUUAUUAGAAAGCUUGGUUAAAGAACUUGGAACCAGGGGCCUUGAUUUUAGCUGUCCUCUACAUGAUUUUUACCCUCUAAUUUUUUGGAUAGAACAUUUCUAUCACUGGCAGAAAAUAAUAUUGUUAAUAGCCAUUGAAGUUGAACAUUUUUGGAAGUGUAUGGCAUGGCCAAGGCAGAAAAACCCACCUUUUUGCACAAUUAAACUCAGUUUUAUGACCUCUAUCUACAAAAUGAGUUCAUACGUUUAACAUAAAUUAGUAAUCUCACUUUUAGUAGAAAAAAAAGACUUCAUGCUGUUAUGACACUCAUUUGAUUGAUUAGUAUUCUGGAUUGGUACAACUAAAUCAUUCCUUAUCAUAAUUAAGAAUAAGAAAUGAUAAUUAUACAUAUAUCAAUUCAGUCCAUGUACCACAAAUUAUAAUUAAACUUAUCAUUCAUGUAAAUAAAUUUAAUUAGAGUUCAUAACUGACCCAACGCGUUUAAUUACAUUACUCUAAUACAAAUAUGGAUGCAAAUAUAAGAACACAAAUAUGUCAUAAAUGGGCUAAAAUGAUCCAUCAUUUAUCCCUUAAAUUUCACAUGAAUUUUGGCAGGUUCUUAGGCUAAAACCUCCUUGCAUCUUUAUAAGAUACUUUAGACUGAAUAAGAAUUCUUAAAAAUUUGCUGAGUGCUUUGAUAUUCGAGAAAGUAAUUCUCUUUCUUUUGAGUAUUAUCUAAUUAUGAAGGAUUCAAGUGAUGAGUAUAUAUUUCACUUAUCCUCUCAAGUUAUUGUAUUCCAU